AUGGCGGAUCUCGAUACUUACGCCGAUGACCAGGCCGAUCACGACGAACGCGACCGCGAUCGAGACCGCGAUUAUGCCGCUCGUGAUCGCUCGCGAUCUCCCGAGCGCGAACGUGAACGUGAACGUGAUGCUGACUCCAGGAUCCGUGAUGAGCCCAUGAGUGGUCGUGGUGACCGGUAUGCAAACCUUUGCAACGAUGCACCACCACCUAAAGGCGGCGAUGAUGACGAGGAUGCUGCCAAUCCCGGCUCCAACCUUUUCGUGACCGGCAUCCACCCUCGUCUUACCGAAGAUGAAGUCGCGCGUUUGUUUGAGAAAUACGGCGAGGUCGAGAAGUGCAACAUCAUGCGUGACCCUCACACUCGUGAGAGCCGUGGCUUCGGGUUCGUCAAGAUGGUGACUGCCGCUGAGGCCGAUGCGGCAAAGGAAGCCCUGCAAGGUGAAGUAUACGAGGGCCGGACACUGAGCAUCGAGAAGGCUCGCCGCGCUCGUCCUCGCACACCUACUCCUGGCAAAUACUUUGGACCACCGAAACGAGGUACAUCAAACAACCCGUGCAAUUGUCUGCCAGAGGAUCUUGCGAUCGGGCGCAAAGUAUGUCUAUCAAUUCUAAUUUUGAACAGAUGA